UUGUUUGCAAGGACCUCUAGUAUGCGCAGCCAUUUUGGCAUAUGAGUGAUAAUAUCAAAUACAGUAUGGAAAGGCUUGCGGUAGCACCAUGUAAUAACGAUACCCCUAAUCCUACUUAAUGAUAAAAAAGAAACUUCAUGUUUAGAUUUCGCCUUGACACUUUCCUAACAAUUACAAUAAUUUAAUUGGAACAUAGCUCGACUACUAUACAUGAACUUUCCCCCCGGAAGUGUGCACCGCAUUUCCUGGAAAUUUAAGCACCAAUGAAACUUAACAUUGGUAAUAAAACACAUAACUUGUAGUAAAUCGAAAAGGUAUCCCGUCCCUAAAUUAGAACUCAACCCAACUGAUGGUGGGCAACAGACAAGUCUACCCAAAACUAAUGUCAUGGUAUUGUAUCCACCAUAAUCGCAAAAUGGCUGUAAUGCUAAGUUUACAUGUAACUGUGCCAGGUGGUGAAAACUAUGCAACUAUACCCGGACUUCAACCAAACUUGUUUGCGUGCCGACCAUUAUGCAUUGUGACAUUUUACUGAUUAUGAGCUAUUCCAUUUGGGUUUAACCAACCUGGGGACGCUGUAUGUUAUUCUGAUGAUAAAACUCCAUGCACAGUGGGAAUUUCCACUGAAUGAAAACACUCGAAAUAUUGCACAAUUUUUAGGAGCCAGACAGAAACCUCGAUGAAUGGUUCUGACGUCGGACAUUUACUGGAAAAAAAAAUCAGUGGACAUCACUUUCAUUUUAAAAUCCAGGACUUUAUAACUCGUGAACAGCAAAACUACCGAGUCAUUCAACGUUUGCUUGAGGCACGCACGCACUACAAUAGACCGCUACGUUCUCACCCGGUUGACUAAUCAGCUUCUCUAAAGUUUCUAUUCAGCGUAGCUGCUUUACUUGAUCGAGAUGGAUAAAACUGGCACAAUUCUUCUGGUCGUGUUGGCUGCACUUUGCGCAGGACUCCCAGAGGUCACCGGAGUGAUCACACUAUCUCCCUCGGGCGAACACGAGGUCAGCCUCUACUGUUCCUUUCGUAACUACCAAGGAGAAUCAGUCUUCUACCGUGUUAUCGACGACAGAAACGUCACGUUAUCGCAAGGCUCCAAGUACUUCGUAAUGCGAUGUAACAGGACAACUAGUGACGUACAAGGAGAAGACUCUGUACUGAUCAUUACUGAAGCUGAGGAGUCGGAUAGCGGGACGUAUGGGUGUGCACUGAAUGUCAAGAGCAUCAUCAACUGGGCAGUGAGUAAAGUGACCGACGUAACGGUCAAACCAGCAUACCCAGGGGAAGACCACACCCAUUCGAUGUCACUAACAACACAAAUUAACAAGGAACAAGGAACGAUUGAACAAUCGAAUCAGGGUGCGAACAACGAGCAAAGCUCUGACAAGACUGUCCUUGGCGCUGUAGCGACACCGAUUCUUUCAUUUGUGGUAGUGAUACUAUUGAUCGCAGUGGCAGUAUUGUCAUGGAAAUAUCGUGAACUGAAGAACCAUAGGUAUGGACCACCUCGUGAACAAGGGGAGGUCGAAGCUGACACAACACAGACGAGUCGAGUCACAUUCUCCCGGUCCCCGAAUGGCUCCAUUCACCUGGACACAUCUUCAGUUUAGAUGACAUGAAUACCCCCUCCGCAGUAAAGAGAAAGAGGAGGUGAAAACAAACUCAUAUCCCUUGUGAGUCUCUCUGUGAACAUUGGACACUCUUUCCAGUGACCUAUGUGAUAGUGUGGCUUGCAGAGGGAAAGUUAAGCUGGUUCACAUUAAAGCAUUUAGCUGGUGCUUCGAUGACGCGAAGUCCUCCAGUAAAAGUCGACAGUGCCCUCUUGUGGUGGAAUCGAUGUAAGGUGCGGUCUAGAACAGUGCUAUGACUGACAUCGGAUCAGCUGGGUCACACUUCGAGGCUCGUGAGUUACAUACGCCUGAAGC